CACAGAGACGAGUGGGUGCUCGGUCCAGGCCUCGGCAGGGCCGCGGCGGUGUCGCCGCUCCCAGGUUUUAGUCUAAUUUUUCCUCCUGCUCUGUCCUCUCCGCCGAUGCGGGGAGUGAAGGAGGUGGGUGAUGCGGUAGCGGAGACCGAAGCUUGGCAUUAGUGGCUCGGCUUCAGCUCUGGAAUGUUCCGGAACCUUCUCUCCGCUGGUUUCCUGGUCCGGGUCUUUCACGCGGCGCUGACGUGGGCGGUGACGUUGUUUCUCUUCCUGUUUGAAACGGAUCUGAGGAGGAGUGUGGAGCAUGGUGAAUUCCUCCAACCAGUCACCUUUGUGCUGCUGGUUUUCUGUUCGAUGUUACUGUACUUCAUCACCUCCCUUAUGGACCCAGGAUACGUCACAUUUGACAAUGAACUAAAGGGCCGGGUUGCCCGAUCAAAUCGGUGUAUCAGAGAUGAGAAAGAACAGAUGCUCCCUGUGAUGCAGAAAGCACACAGACUGAGGCGCUGUGGAUACUGCAUGGUCCAGCAGCCCAUGCGUUCCAAGCACUGCCAGUCCUGUCAGCACUGUGUAUGUCGAUAUGACCACCAUUGUCCUUGGAUCGAGAACUGCGUUGGGGAGAGAAACCAUCGCUUCUUUGUGCUCUACCUGACAAUGCAACUUGCUGUCCUGCUGUGGGCCUUCCACAUUGCAUGGUCGGGGUUCCGUACUGAGGCUGCAUGGAAAGACUGGCUCCGUGUUAACACAUUCCUACUGUUGGCGUUUAUGAUCAUUAUCAUUUGCACCGUGGUGGUGAUGCUGCUGCUUGUGUCACACUUAUACCUGGUGUCCAACAACACCACAACAUGGGAGUUCAUGUCUCGCCAUCGCAUCUCUUACCUGAAACACUGUGGCUCAGAGGAGAAUCCGUUUGAUCAGGGCAUCCUUUGGAAUCUGUGGACAUUUUUCUGUGUAUGCAAGACAGUUGUGUGGGAAAGGAUUUACUUUCGAGGCGAGGAUGAGCUGGUUUAGUGAGUGGCACAUUUUUAACACGGACUCUACUUUUCAAUUCUUAUCUUGUUUUUCUGCCUCACCAGGACUAUAUUAUGUAUCAUAUGUAAUAUCAUAAGGUCCAUAUUUUCUCCAAAAUGCCAGGCUCAGAUGCAGUGGGAAAUCAUUCCUUUGUCAAGGGCUGAGGGGUGAAUGAUUGGACAUUCUCCACAGAAACAUAAAAGCAGUAAAAUGUCCACAGAGGGGAGGGGGAUACAGAUAGUCCCCUCUCUGCUUUCCCCCUCUAUUUUGAAUCCCUGAGCUCCGAGAGACCAAUUUAUUUCCUGCGGUUAGGUGGGGCAGGGGAGAGGCAUAUAAAAAUUUUUUAAAAGACAAAGUUGUUACCCAGCAUCAUUGCCACUGACUUCCAAAUUGAGUAAAUGCAAAGUAGAAGGAAGGAGUGAGGAAAAACAUGGAAAGAGGAAAAGUGAUCAAGGAAUUCUGACCCUGGUUUCUGGAGGAAGUAUUGUUGUUAUGGAAUCAUCCUUUAUUAGUGCUGUCAGACUCUUCUAAAAUUAAAUAUGCACUGAUUGCUCAUUUAUCUAACAAAAUGCACUUUUAAGGCGGUAGUUUUUUUAUACUUCAAUAAUGAGUAGCUCUGAGUUUCCUUUAGAUGUUCUGAAACAUAGCUUAUCUAAUGAACUAUUUUGUUAUCCACUUGUGUUGAAAUUUUGAUGAUGCUGCAUUGAAUCAUGUUAUCACU